UGCAUUCGCCCCUCUUUCCUCUCGACCAUCGUCUUCAAGACUCGUCUGCGGUUCUGCAGUCAUGGCUCCUCCAUUGCGACUUGUCUUUGGACCCAUGUUGAUAGGUGUUUUUUUCAACGUCAUGUUAUGGGGGAUAAUGGCGGUACAGACCAUGGCUUACUUUCAACGGUAUAAAAUGGACGCUCUUAUAUUGCGAUUCUUCGUCUCUUAUCUCAUUAUCGCCGAGACCGUGAAUUCGAUACUGGGUAUGGCGAUGGUUUACAACUUACUGGUGACAGAAUGGGGGUCAAAAAACGCAACCAUAUAUUUUCCUGAGCUUUUGUUAGCAGAUCCGCUUCUAACGGUUUUGAUAUCCACCCCGAUCCAGAUCUUCGUAGCUUACCGGAUACAGAUAAUAAGUCAAGUGAUUUGGAUCCCGAUCAUUGUAGUUCUACUGGCGCUCGUUUCGAUGGGAGGCGGGCUCUGGACGUCGGUUAUGGUCCGGAUGGUCAAGCUAUUUGCGCGCAAACCCGAGCUACAUACACCUGCCUUGACGUGGUUAUUGGCAUCUGCUAUCGCGGAUGUAGCCAUCACUAUUAGUUUAUGUUGGAGCUUGGCCCAACGAAAAACUGGAUUUAAGCGAACAGAUGACAUGAUCAAUCGAGUCUUACGAUUAACUGUUCAAACGGGUCUUAUCACCGCCGUCUUUGCCCUUUUGGAUGUGAUCUGUUUUCUCGCCCUACCGCGUAGUACCAUUAACUUCAUAUGGGAUUUCGCACUCUCGAAACUGUACACCAACGCACUGUUGUCGACCCUAAAUGCACGUGCAGGGUGGUGUUCCGUCGCUGGUGUCGAUACGCACAAUGUAUUAUUUGGUACAAGUCUUGCGCCUGCGUCCGAUGGGGAGAUUGAGUCUCGUUGGAGGGGAUCGAUGUAUACGACCCAUCCAGAACUGUCGUUCCCACCGUUCAAGACAGGCGGGUAUGAGAUGGAUGAAGUAGACACCCAGAGUCGUACUCAACGCCGACACGGAGAUGAACCUCGAUCUCAGCAGCGUCUCUCGUUUACUACUCAAAGUGUUGAACCACCAGAUGGUGGUGUUGGUGGUGUGAGUAGUGUUAAGGAGGUGAAGGAAUCUCGUGUUGUUUUGGACGAACGGGAACGGGAAAGGGAACGGCGUUUUCGGACUUUUACUAAAUCUCGGACGCAGACUGUGAAGGAUACAACUGUCGUUUUAUUACCUCUCCCCACGUUCAGUCCCGAUUGAUAGCUCUGCUUAUGGUUUUCCUUUUUUUUUGUCCGUUGAGCUUCUAUAGUUUGUAGAAUAUAAAAUAUAUGUACGUGAACGAGACGUCUGGGACGAAGACGAUAAAUUUUCAAUAUUAUGGAACAUU